AUGUCCGAAAGCACCACUCCAAAAGGAAGCACUGGUGACUUUGCUAAAAAAGUCCAAAGACAGCUGAGCAGAAGCAAAGAAAAGGUACUGCAGAAGUUGGGGAAGACAGUGGAGAGCAGAGAUGAACACUUCGAACAUUUUCUCCAACAGUUUAAUGACCAGCAGACUGAUGGGAACCGGAUGUACAAGGACCUGAGGAACUACAUAAGUUCAGUUCGAGACAUGCGUGAAGCUUCAAGACGCCUUUCCCAGUCUCUGUAUGAUGCUUAUGAAACUGACUGGGCUGGAGAGGAAGAUUUAGGAGCCAUUGUCGAGGGGGAGGACCUCCUGUGGAAUGACUUCGAGGUGAAGCUAUCAGACCAGGCUGUACGCACCAUGGAGUCCUACGUGAGCCAAUUCCCAGAUGUCAGGGAGAAAGUUGCCAAGAGGGGAAGAAAAUUGGUCGACUAUGACUCUUCCCUUCACCACCUGGAGGCACUGCAGACUGCUAAGAAGAGGGAUGAUAUCAAGAUCAACAAGGCGAUAGAAGAGAUGCAUUCUGCCAAAAGUGUCUAUGAAGCGAUCAACACUGAGUUAAAAGAAGAGCUGCCCGUGCUCUUUGAAAGCCGUGUCGGGUGCUUUGUGGCAGUCUUCUCAGCUCUAUCCAAUUUAAGAGACAUCUUCUAUAAGGAAACGAGCGCACUCAACCUUGAUCUACAGAAUGUGAUUAAGGAGCUGCAGGCACAGCAUCCGGACAAAAUGUUUGCUUUGAAGGGAAUGCAACGGUAUGGCUCCCUGAAGAGACAAAGCCUGAUAUCCCGGAAGGCCUGGAAAUCCAACUUUUCUGAGUUUCACAAGAGCUAUAGUCCUAGACCGGGUCCGAGGUUUAGUUUCAGGUCCCCGGAUAAGCCUCGCCACAGCUCUUUGUCCAGACAGAGCAGCAGCCUCGGAGUUUCACCGCAAUCGGUCCUUCUGGAAUAUCCCACUUCUGAGUCCAGGGACCUGGACGCAGAGUCCAACUACAGUGAGAUACACAGUUGUCCUGCACAAGAAGAAGCUGCAGCUGGAAAUGAGCGUAAGUCUGGAGAAGACAGCAAUGAUGUGGAAGAGGAAAAGGGCACCAAAGAAAAUGAGUCUGAGCCUCAGCCUCCUGCAGAUGGUAAGAAAGCUCCACCAAGUGAGAGCAGCUCUGAACUGCUGAACAACUCAGGUGAUUCAGAGAGCUUGGAGCUUCAGCUGUCUGCAGCAGGCGACGGCCGGCUGCACAUUGAAGAGAGAGAAGACAGCCCGGUAGAACUCCACACCCCGAAACCAAACGGAGUGGAGAAUGGUGACGUUUCUGGGUUACGCUCUGAUACUAAGGACCUGAGCCUUCCUCUCAAGGAUGCUUCUGCAGAAAAACUGUCUUCUGCAGACUCAAAAAGCACAGAGGUUUAAAGUAUUCAGACUUAAGCGAAGCAGAGGAGAUUGAAGUCGACAGCUGCACAAGAAAAAUAUGUGGAGACAGCCGCACUGAAAUGUUCAACUCUAUUUCAGGAAUGAUGGACAUGUGCAUCGACUUGUCGGUUUUAGUUUUCUUAUUUAUCUUUUAUUGAAAUCAGUUGUACAUACAGUGCAGUUCAUAGUAUGGGGAAAGUCAUAUUUUUGUAACAGCCAUGUUUCAUUUUAAGUAAUCUUUUUCCCCACAGGUUCCAAUGUAUUCUGCAAAUUGUGGCUGAUGUUAGCAAACGUUAAUGCAGCAAUAGGUUGGCAUAGUUAGGAACGUUUCUUACUGACUACAGUAUGGUCACUGUAUAAAUGUACAUGUGCUGUAGACUAAUUUACCAUUUUGGUUUGAAUUAUGUGCAAGUAUAUUUGAUCUUUUUCACUCACAAACUGGAAUCAGUUAAUUAGGUGUGCACUGUGAAGAUGAAUCGUUAUGUAAGUCUGAACAAUGAUCUUUUUUUGUAUCCUGUUUGUAUCAAUUUGUUGAAAUAUAGAAAUGAUUAUGAAAUGCGUACCCAAUAAAUCCUUCUGCCUUGUUUAAAUUAAAUGUAAGUUGUCAAUGCUGU